GAUCUUAACUCGAACAAACUCAAAGAUGUCCAACAUCGCUAGAACAUCCACUCGACUUGCCCGUACUCUAUCACUCCAUGUACCUUCACAGAGGUCCUUCACUUCAUCCUCGCUCUCGAUGAAAGAUUUCGUUCAAGAGCUCUACCUCCGAGAAUUAAAGUCCUACAAGCCGUCUCCAUCGAUCCUCGGCGCUCAAACCCAAGUCCGCGAAUUUACUAUGCCACCUGCUCCAUCAGCUCCUGUUCUACCGACUUCUCAAGACGUCGCUCAAGAAUUGCAAAGCUGGGACAGUGCCAGCCUCGUCAACACUGCCACCACUUCCGAAGGCGGUGUUGAGGUCGAAUCGAGUCAAUCUGCAGACGAAUUUCUCAGCUUCCUUGAGCGUGAUCAUCCUGCGCCUGCUGCCCACCAUUGAUUCAGUACAUCGUUUCUUCAGAAAUUCACACGAUAACUCCAGAGUCAGGGAAAAACAUCCGACGCAGUCGAUGAAUGUAUUGAAAUUUAAGUUUGAAUGAAUUGUGCACUUUCGGUUGAUCAUGUUGCUAUACAUAAAUUGGCAUUCCAGAAAUGGGAUCUGUCUAGAGUAGUAAUCGAUUGAAACUUGCCAGAUUGAGUGAC